AUGAAAACUCUUCUUUUUCUCGUAUUGCUUGCAUAUGCUGAUGCGGGCCUAGCAAUUUCAAAGCGCAAAGAAGCAAUGAGAAAACUGAGCAGGAUAAAAACGACGUUGAACAAAGCUAAACUUCUUUACAUACGAGAGAGGUUUGAUUCCCUCAAGAACAGAGUAGCCACUAAGCUCGCGACUCCAAAAAGAAAAGCAACCUUAGCUGCAGCAAUGAGGAAGCUGAAAGCUCCAAAGAAAGACCGUAAAUUGGGUAACUCUAUUGAGGAUGUGAAUAGCAGGUCCAGAAUAGGAGAUUUCCUGUAUGAAAGGGACAUGGUGCUGACCAUUGCACAAGCAGAGGAGUUACUCCAAGAUGUUGAUGCUCGUAGGAGGCGCCAAGCAUUCCGUGACAGCAACUAUCCUUAUACUAUUUGGCAAGAAGGUGUUCAUUAUUCAUUCCACGAUAAUGCAACUGCAAAAGUGCGAAGCGUGUUCAGGAAGGCAAUAAAGGCAUGGUCAAAGAACACUUGCAUCGAUUUUUAUGAGAAGGAGGAGCGAAUCGAAGUCAUGGUGGAGGAUGGUUGUUGGUCACAUGUAGGCAAUGUUCAUAAAGUUCAGGAACUAUCAUUAGGUGAUGGAUGUGAAUCGGUGAGGGAUCUUUGA